AUGCCGACUUUUGGGGGCCUACUCAAGAAGCGGCGGACGAAGGAAUCCAGAGGAUCAAAAGACUUGCAAUCAACAGCCUCCUCUGGCACUGAUUCGGCAUCAGACCCCUCCGCGAGCUCUCAAGUCAGUUCGCCCCAGCGCGUCCGGCCUUCGACUCCCCUCACGACUUCCACCUGCCCUCCUGCUGCUGCCCCGCCCAAGCGACCCAUUGACGCCGGGACGUCCAACGCUACACAACCGGAUCCUGCCCCUUUUGCAACCCCAGACGUCCGUGCGGGUGCUACGGGAGAGAGCACCUUGCGUCCCCAGAUGAACUCACAACACCUUCAGCAUCCCUCGUCGCCGCUCCCGGGGGCUUCCCCGCAGCCACUCUCGCCGCAACACCACCAAAAUGUCGCAAGUAUUAAGAACAUCAUAAACCCGCCGCAACACGAAGAUGGGGUUCCUCACGAUGGCCACUUUGUGUCUCAGCAGCCGAUUCGCACGGCCCAGAGGCAAUUGAAGGGAAAAUACUCGCUCAACGACUUCACGUUGCGCCGCACACUGGGGACGGGCAGUUUCGGUCGAGUACAUUUGGUUCAGUCAGUGCAUAACCAACGGUAUUAUGCUAUAAAGGUCUUGAAGAAGCAGCAGGUGGUGAAGAUGAAGCAGGUUGAGCAUACUAAUGACGAGCGAAGAAUGUUGGAAAGGGUGAAGCAUCCGUUUCUAAUUACCCUUUGGGGCACCUUUCAGGAUGCCAAGAAUCUCUAUAUGGUCAUGGAUUUCGUAGAGGGCGGGGAGCUCUUUAGUUUACUGCGCAAGUCGCAGCGGUUUCCAAAUCCAGUUGCGAAGUUCUACGCCGCCGAAGUUACACUUGCGCUCGAAUAUCUACAUUCCCAGAAUAUCGUCUACAGAGAUUUGAAGCCUGAGAAUCUACUCCUCGAUAGACAUGGUCACCUCAAAAUCACAGACUUUGGUUUCGCUAAAGAAGUCCGAGAUAUAACAUGGACGCUCUGUGGCACACCAGACUAUCUUGCACCGGAAGUGGUUUCGUCGAAGGGGUACAAUAAGUCAGUGGACUGGUGGUCGCUUGGGAUCCUCAUAUUUGAAAUGCUUUGCGGUUUCACUCCCUUCUGGGACAGCGGGUCCCCCAUGAAAAUAUAUGAGAACAUUGUCCAUGGCCGAGUUAAAUAUCCUCCUUUUCUAGUUCCCGAUGCUAGGGAUCUUUUAUCACAACUAAUCACACCUGAUCUUACGAAACGGCUGGGAAAUUUGCGUGGUGGGCCUGAGGAUGUCAAAAAUCAUGCGUGGUUCUCCGAAGUUACCUGGGAUCGAUUGGCAAGGAAGGAUAUUGACGCUCCGUAUAUUCCUCCGGUCAAAGCUGGACAAGGCGAUGCCAGCCAAUUCGAUACCUAUCCCGAGGAGACAGAGCAAUACGGCUUGCCAGCCAACGAUGAGUUUGGCCACCUUUUCCAGGAGUUUUGA